AGAAUUAGAAACCGUUUUGACACGAUCUGGCUCGGAUAUUGUGGCGAACCCGUAGGAAAAUAGUGGAUUGUCCGUAAUCACUUAUAUAUGCAUAUCUGUGGGUAACAUUGUCUGUCUUUUCAAAACGCCGUUCUCUUCUCCAUUUUCUGCAUUCUACUCUCCACGUGCUUUUUCUUUCCUCUAACGAAACCCUCGUUUUCUUCUUCCCCUGUUACUUUCAAGUUUCAAUCCAAAAAAUCAAUAUCAUCAUCGAUUUUCUCUCUGUUCUGCUACAAACCAAAACGACGCAGUUUCGCGCGCGAGAGAGAAUAAUGAACUCCGAUUCAAUUCACUGAGUUGAACGGGAGAAAGAUCUGAGUCUGUGUGAUCGAUUUAACGCGCUUAUGGGUGGUUCUGGUUCCAAACUUGAGAAGGCUCUCGGUGACAAUUUUCCUGAAGGAGAACAUUACUUUGGCCUUGAGAAUUUCGGCAAUACUUGUUAUUGCAACAGCGUUUUGCAGGCUCUAUACUUCUGUGUUCCAUUUCGAGAACAAUUGCUACAAUAUUAUGGAAAAACCAAGAAUAUAACAGAUGCAGAGGAAAAUCUUUUGACUUGCUUAGCUGACUUAUUUUUGCAGAUAAGUUCCCAGAAGAGGAAAACAGGCGUAAUUGCUCCUAAACGAUUUGUACAGAGGUUGAAAAAACAGAAUGAACUCUUCCGUAGCUAUAUGCACCAGGACGCCCACGAAUUCUUAAACUAUUUGUUAAAUGAACUUGUUGACAUUCUGGAAAAAGAGGCCCAGACUGCAAAAGACAAUCAAGAGACAUUACUACCUUCUGAGAAGAUUUCGAAUGGACCAAAGAACGGUUUAGCUAAUGGUGCUAAAAAAGAGCCGCCUUUAGCUACUUGGGUGCACAAAAAUUUCCAGGGAAUACUUACCAAUGAGACAAGAUGCUUGCAAUGUGAAACAGUAACGGCUAGGGAUGAAACAUUUUUCGACUUGAGUCUUGAUAUUGAACAAAACAGUUCCAUUACAAGUUGUUUGAAAAAUUUCAGUUCAACCGAGACAUUGAAUGCUGAAGACAAAUUCUUUUGUGACAAGUGCUGCAGUUUGCAAGAAGCUCAGAAGAGGAUGAAGAUAAAGAGACCGCCUCGUGUUUUAGUCAUUCAUCUUAAGCGGUUUAAGUACAUGGAGCAGCUGGGCCGCUACAAGAAACUGUCUUACCGUGUGGUGUUUCCCCUUGAGCUCAGGUUGAGUGAUACAGAUGAAGAAGCAGAUAUUGAGUAUUCUCUAUUUGCAGUAGUUGUCCAUGUUGGGAGUGGGCCCAACCACGGGCAUUAUGUUUGCCUUGUAAAAAACCAUAACCACUGGUUAUGUUUUGACGAUGAAACUGUUGAGGCGGUUGAUGAAGCUUCUGUUCAGACAUUCUUUGGGUCAACACAAGAAUUCAACAAUAAUACAGAUCAUGGUUAUAUUUUGUUCUAUGAGAGCGUUAACAGAAACUAGACAGAGUAGAGUCUUACCAGUUUUAGGUACUUGAAUAUUUUGGACUUGUCUUGUUCAUCUGUUUGGUUAUGACUUAUUUUCUUUUUACCAUUUUCCCUUAAUCAAACUGCUUGAGGUGUGAUACCUUCAUGACAGUAUACGGUUGUGAAAAUGUAUACUAGGUGGUUGGCAUGUACAGUUGAUAGUGAAAGCACUGAUUUUUUAAAAGACUUUUGGUAUAACAGAUACAACAGUGUACAUGCUGUGAAAAUUUCACGCAA